UAUGGAUUGGUUGAAAGACAUUCUUCCCAAUUUAGCGGGUCUGCUAAAGCUACAAGAUUCAAACACUAUAAAGUUAGAGCUGGCAAGUCUGAUGAAGCUUUACCCUGAUCUCAGUGAGCGUCAUAUUUCUGCUUGGCUGAGACUCAAGGGAAAUCUUUCUCCAUCAGACCUCAAGAAGAUCCUGGAGAGCAUCACUUGCAGCCAGGAUCAGCUCAGGGACACACAGGACUCACUCCAGUUUGGCAAAAGCUUCUUUUCUAUAGUGAGGGUCAAAUGAAUUUUGCUUCAUAAUAUUGCUUGUGUAUAUUUGCUUGCUUUUGUAGAACUGCUUUGUGUGGUGAUUACUG